GCCCCAGCCCCGCCCGCGCUCGCUCUGUGCGCCCACACUUUGAGCCCCGAGCCGCGGCCACGCAGGUCAGACCCGCGCCGCAGCGGCCGGAGAUGCAGCGGGGAGCCGCGCUGUGCCUGCGCCUGUGGCUCUGCCUCGGACUGCUCGACGGCGAGCGCGGCCUGGCGAGUGGCUACUCCAUGACCCCCCCAACCCUAAACAUCACGGAGGAGACACACGUCAUUGACUCCAGGGACAGCUUGUCCAUCUCCUGCAGGGGGCAGCACCCCCUUGAGUGGUCCUGGCCAGGGGCUCAGGAGGCGCCGGCCACAGGGGAGAAGGACGGCGAGGACACAGGGGUUGUGCAAGACUGCGAGGGCACGGACACCAGGCCCUACUGCAAGGUGCUGCUGGUGCGUGAGGCCCGCGCCAACGACACGGGUAGCUACCGCUGUUCCUACAAGUACAUCAAAGCCCGCAUCGAGGGCACCACGGCCGCCAGCACCUACGUGUUCGUGAGAGACGUGGAGCAGCCAUUCAUCAACAAGCCAGACACGCUCCUGGUCAACAGGAAGGAUGCUAUGUGGGUGCCCUGCCUGGUGUCCAUCCCGGGCCUCAACGUCACGCUGCGAUCGCAAAACUCAGCCCUGCGGCCUGACGGGCAGGAGGUGGUGUGGGACGACCGCCGGGGCAUGCGUGUGCCCACGCCCCUGUUGCGCGAGGCCCUGUACCUACAGUGUGAGACCACCUGGGGUGGCCAGGACUUCCUAUCCAACCCCUUCCUCGUGCACAUUACAGGCAACGAGCUCUAUGACAUCCAGCUAUUCCCCAAGAAGUCGCUGGAGCUGCUGGUCGGGGAGAAGCUGGUCCUGAACUGCACCGUGUGGGCCGAGUUCAACUCGGGUGUCACCUUCGACUGGGACUAUCCGGGGAAGCAGGCAGAGCGGGGUAAGUGGGUGCCAGAGCGGCGCUCCCAGCAGACUCACACAGAGCUCUCCAGCAUCCUGACCAUCCACAACGUCAGCCAGCACGACCUGGGCCCAUAUGUGUGCGAGGCCAACAACGGCAUCCAGCGGUUCCGGGAGAGCACCGAGGUCAUUGUGCACGAAAAGCCCUUCAUCAGCGUCGAGUGGCUCAAGGGUCCUGUUCUGGAGGCCACGGCAGGAGACGAGCUGGUGAAGCUGCCCGUGAAGCUAGCGGCGUACCCCCCGCCGGAGUUCCAAUGGUACAAGGACAGAAAGUCAGUGUCCGGGCGCCAGAGUCCGCACGCCCUGGUGCUCAAGGAGGUGACAGAGGCCAGUGCAGGGAUCUACACCCUCGCCCUCUGGAACUCCGCGGCCGGCCUACAGCGCAACAUCAGCCUGGAGCUGGUGGUAAACGUGCCCCCCCACAUCCACGAGAAGGAGGCCUCCUCCCCCAGCACCUACUCCCGCCACAGCCGCCAGGCCCUCACCUGCACGGCUUAUGGAGUGCCGCCUCCUCUCAGCGUCCAGUGGCACUGGCGGCCGUGGACGCCCUGCAAGGCCUUCGCCCAGCGCAGCCUCAGCCGGCGGCAGCAGAGAGACCACAUGCCACAGUGCCGCGACUGGAGAGAGGUGACCACGCAGGAUGCCGUGAACCCCAUUGAGAGCCUGGACACUUGGACCGAGUUCGUGGAAGGGAAGAAUAAGACGGUGAGCAAGCUGGUGAUCCAGAAUGCCAACGUGUCCGCCAUGUACAAGUGCAUGGUCUUCAACAAAGUGGGCCAGGAUGAGCGGCUCAUCUACUUCUACGUGACCAACAUCCCCGAUGGCUUCAGCAUAAAAUCCGAGCCAUCGGAGGAGCCCUUAGAGGGCCAGGACGUGCGCCUGAGCUGCCGGGCAGACAACUACACCUACGAGCAUCUGCGUUGGUACCGUCUCAACCUGUCCACGCUGCACGACGCACACGGGAACCCGCUGCUGCUCGACUGCAAGAACGUGCACCUGUUCGCUACGCCUCUGGCCGCCCACCUGGAGGAGGCAGAGCCAGGGGCGCGCCACGCCACGCUCAGCCUGACCAUCCCCAGCGUGGCGCCUGAGCACGAAGGCGACUAUGUAUGCGAGGUGCAGGACCGUCGCAGCCAUGACAAGCACUGUCACAAGAAGUACCUGUCAGUGCAGGCCCUGGAAGCCCCGCGGCUCACGCAGAACUUGACCGACCUCCUGGUGAAUGUGAGCGACUCCCUGGAGAUGAGGUGCCCGGUGGCCGGGGCGCACGUGCCCAGCAUCUUGUGGUACAAAGAUGAGAGGCUGCUGGAGGAAGAGUCUGGAAUCGACCUGGCGGACUCGAACCAGAGGCUGAGCAUACAGCGCGUGCGUGAGGAGGACGCGGGCCGCUACCUGUGCAGUGCGUGCAACGCCAAGGGCUGCGUCAACUCCUCCGCCAGUGUGGCCGUGGAAGGCUCUGAGGAUAAAGGCAGCAUGGAGAUCGUGAUCCUUGUCGGCACCGGGGUCAUCGCUGUCUUCUUCUGGAUUCUCCUCCUCUUCAUCUUCUGUAACAUGAGGAGGCCAGCCCACGCAGACAUCAAGACGGGCUACCUGUCCAUCAUCAUGGACCCUGGGGAGGUGCCUCUGGAGGAGCAGUGUGAAUACCUGUCUUAUGAUGCCAGCCAGUGGGAAUUCCCCCGGGAGCGGCUGCACCUCGGGAGAGUCCUUGGCCAUGGGGCCUUCGGGAAGGUGGUGGAAGCCUCGGCUUUUGGAAUCCACAAGGGCAGCAGCUGCGACACUGUGGCUGUGAAAAUGCUGAAAGAGGGCGCCACAGCUAGCGAGCACCGCGCCUUGAUGUCUGAGCUCAAGAUCCUAAUCCACAUCGGUAACCACCUCAACGUAGUCAACCUGCUGGGGGCGUGCACCAAGCCCAAUGGCCCCCUCAUGGUGAUCGUGGAGUUCUGCAAGUAUGGCAAUCUCUCCAACUUCUUGCGUGCCAAGCGGGAGGCCUUCAGCCCCUAUGCGGAGAAGUCCCCUGAGCAGCGAAGGCGCUUUCGCGCCAUGGUGGAAGGGGCCAAAGCUGACCGCAGGAGGCCAGGAGGCAGCGAGAGGGUUCUCCUCUCCCGCCUCUUGAUGGGCAAGGGCGGCGCAGGGCGGGCCCCUCCAGUCCAAGAAGCCCAGGACCUGUGGCUGAGCCCGCUGACCAUGGAGGACCUUGUCUGCUACAGCUUCCAGGUGGCCCGAGGGAUGGAGUUCCUGGCCUCCCGCAAGUGCAUCCACAGAGACCUGGCCGCUCGGAACAUCUUGCUGUCAGAAAGCGAUGUGGUGAAGAUCUGUGACUUCGGCCUGGCCCGCGACAUCUACAAAGACCCUGACUACGUGCGCAAGGGCAGUGCCCGGCUGCCCCUGAAGUGGAUGGCCCCUGAGAGCAUCUUUGACAAGGUGUACACCACGCAGAGUGACGUAUGGUCCUUUGGGGUGCUGCUCUGGGAGAUCUUCUCCCUGGGGGCCUCCCCCUACCCAGGAGUACAGAUCAAUGAGGAGUUCUGCCAGAGGCUGAAAGAGGGCACACGGAUGCGAGCCCCAGAGCUGGCCACCACUGCCAUACGCAGCGUCAUGCUGAGCUGCUGGUCAGGAGACCCCAAAGAGAGGCCUGCAUUCUCAGAGCUGGUGGAGAUCCUGGGGGACCUGCUGCAGGGUGGGGGCCGACAGGAGGAGGAGGACUGCAUGGCCCCCUGCGGCUCUCAGAGCUUGGAGGAGGGCAGCUUCUUGCAAGCAUCCACCACGGCCCUGCACGUGGCCGAGGCCGACACCGAGGACAGCCCACCGAGCCUUCACCGGCACAGCCUGGCCGCCAGAUACUACAACUGUGUGUCCUUUCCGGGGUGCCUGGCCAGAGGGACUCAGACCCAGGGCUCUUCCAGGAUGAAGACGUUCGAAGAAUUUCCCAUGACCCCGACGACCUAUAAGGCCUCUGUGGAUAACCAGACGGACAGUGGGAUGGUGCUGGCCUCCGAGGAGUUUGAGCAGCUGGAGGGCAGGUACAGACAAGAAAGUGGGCUCAGACAGCCCAUGGAGGCAGGCCCCUCAGAGCCCACACCUGUGCCAUAAGCAGGAGAGAGAGACUCAAGUUUAUGCGUGAGUAGGAAACCCAGCGCUGGGACCAGCAGAGCCGUGCCUGAGUCACGCGGAAGGAAAGGAAGAUGCGGCCCGCCCGGGAGAGAGGAGUAUCUCGAGGUCCUUGGGACAAACCAGGGAGAUGAGGGAGGAGGCAGAGGUCUGGUGGAGGAGGCUCCAGGGGCAGCCGUCUGGGGAAGGCAGUGCUUCUGAAUGGCCAGUGAGCAGGAUGCGAGCGCUUAGUGCUGAAGGAAGAAGAAAGUUGCAGAAGAUAAGAGUCCUCCAGAAGCAAGAAUCCAGAAGACAGAUCCACACCCAAGGGAACCGUUUAUUACAGAAACUGCACCUCACAAUAGCAGCAAUAGAAAGUACUCUUGUCCACACAGGUUCCCUUGGAAACACAUCAUGACCAGCCACUGAGAGGUGCACCUGCAUUCGCUUGGCGUGUGGAACAGUCUCCAAACAGGUGCAAGGAUAGAAUGUGCCUUGGAUGGCUCUGUGGGGGAGAAGUAGGAGGGGGUCUCUCUGCCCAGUCCUUUCCCGUCUCCUUUGAACCACCCCACAGUGUCCUCACUUUCAGGUCAUUCAUCCGGCCCUUUCAGCGGCCGCACAGGAUCCCACAUCCACACCCUGCAGGGUGGCGUCUCCUCCAAGUGUGUAGGCAAGAGGAAGAUCUGGAAGCCCUCGGCUUGUGGUAGGUCGGCAUGGCUGCGUGGCAGCACUCCCAGCAAAGUGACUGGUUGGUUCCUGGUGGCAGUACAACACCAUAACACGAAUGGAGCCUUUGCAAAGAAGGAUGCAGUUGAAGGAAUUCAGGGUGAUGCCAAAGAUGUGGGUCUAAUGCAGCACGGCUAAAUGAGGAAGCCUCCAAAGCCACCCACGUCCCAAGCCCCUUCCAUAGGAGAACCAGAUAUUUCUAGUCCUGGAAAUCCCAGCACGAAUCAUCAUGAACAGAAAAAAUAAGCAUAGGACGCUUGGGUGGCUCAGUCAUUAAGCGUCUGCCUUCGGCUCAGGUCAUGAUCCUAGGUCCUGGGAUCGAGCCCCAGCAUCGGGCUCCCCGCUCAGCGGGAAGCCGGCUUCUCCCUCUGCCCCUCCCACCCCGCUCAUGCUCUCUCUGACAAAUAAAAUCUUUUUUAAAAAUUUUAAAAAUAUCCAUACACUAUUCAUACAGUUAUUAUAAGAAUAAAAAAAAAUAGAAUGAAAACUUUUCAGUAGCUGUCAACACUCAAAAAAAAAAAAAAAAUGAAGCAGAGAAAAGCUGAUACACUACUCUGACGUGAAUUAAAUACAUAAUUAAACAAGGAGCUGCACCAGGAGUCGGAAAUUCAAACAUUCAGAAUGGAAAUGAACAGUGCGAAGGUAUCAAAUGGUGGCUGACUACGUUUAGGAAAGAAAUUGAAAUAAAAGACAUCCCCUCAAAAAUCAAGACCAGGGUCGGGGGAGGCCCAAGGAUCAAUAGAUACAAUCAAUGCUCCCUUACGGGGAAAGACACAGAAGGUGGACAUGAAGAGACAAAAGAAAAGAAAACCAAAAUAAAUAAAAAGGUAAAGAAGACCAGAAACGAAGUUGGCAAGUACACUAGUGCAAUAUUUGAGUAGAAAAGAUCCAGUAUAUAUAAAAUUGGAGUCUCCGAGGGAGACAAUGCUGGCCAUGGAACAAAACUAAUAUUUUAAAAUUGUAAGUCAAGGGACUCUCUCAAAUAAAAGAACUGAAUCUACAUCGCAGAAGAGGGCCUGGGAAAACUACCCCAGAGCGGUAGACUUGGCUGCAUAUCUGAGUUGAACUGUUAGAUUUUCAAGGUAAACAUUCUGGAAUUCAGGCAAAAAGGCUGAGUCAUUUAAUGAAGGAAAGAAAAAAAAAAAAAAAGGUUGGCACCAGGCUGAGCACCAUGCACAGCAAAAACAAAAUCAGAAGAAAUGAAGCAAGGUCUUCAAAAAUCUCAAAGAAGGGGGCACCUGGGGGCGCAGUUGGGUAAGCGUCCAACUCUUGGUUUCGGCUCAGGUUGUGAUCUCAGGGUCAUGAGCCCCAGCUCCGCGCUCAGUGGGGAGUCUGCUUGAGGAUUCUCUCUCUCCCUCUCCCUCCCUCUGCCUCUCUCCCCGCUGGUGCUCUCUCUCUCAAAUAAAUAAAUAAAUAAAUAAAUAAAUAAAUAAAUAAAUAAAUAAAAUUUUUUUAAAUCUCAAAGAAAGUGAGAGCUAAGUAGGAGCAUCCUACGGCCGUCGGGGAGGAGGCAGGGGUGGGGGCUGGCACCUCUCUCAGGGUGAGAAGCUCGGUGCUCAUUCUGGGAAUGAUGAAGAGCCACUGGGGGAUCUGUCGGGAGAAGGACAUUCUCUGGCAGAAAGGAUCUCUGAAGCAGCGUUGGGAGAAGAGGGACGGGCCAGGAGAGUGCAGAGCGUCAGAGUUGGGCGCUCACUCUGGACCGGGGCAGGGCAUGCAGAGAGGGGCUCGGGCCCAUUCUGGAGUCAGCACAGACAAGACUUCUGGAUAGACUGGAUGUGAGGGGUUUGGGGAAAGGGAAGAGCAAGGAUGAUGCCCAGGGCCCUGAGCCACGGAGUGGUGCGUUUACAGAGAUGGGCGAGUCUGGGAGAGAAACAGGUCUGGGGGCACGAGGUGGGCAUUCUCCGUCGUCCCACGUGCCCAGGCUGGGGACAGAGAAAGCUCCAGGGUUUGCCAACCCUCACGUCAGUCCGGUUCACUGUGUAAGUCAGGUCUGUGUCUCCGAGGGCUCUGAGCUCGCUUGGAGCUCCGGUCGUGUCUUUGGUGACUCCAACCAGACCCCGACUGGGGUCCUGUGCCUCUUCUCUUCUUGUCUUACUGACCAUCACCUUC